CGCCAGUCCGGGCCCUUGUCGUGCCAGUGUGCUGUGAGAGACGCCGGGAGUGAAUUCGAGAGGUCGACUGGCACUGAUCCAACGGCCCUCCGAGAGAAGGUGUAUGUGCGUGCUGCACGUCAUUCCUCCGCUCCUCGGCCUCACUGCCGGCCCCGCCACGCCGAGCCGCCGAGCGGACAUCGAUUCGCUCGCUGCGCGUGCCGCGGCGGCGAUGCGCGACGGGUUUGCGCACGUCGAGCAAGGCUGGCUCUCAGGCGACGAACUCGUCGAGUCGCGCGAAACCAUGGUGCGCGUGCUCGCCGACAUACCUCAGGCGGGCGACGACCUGGAUUCGAUACAGACCGAUCUGCUCGAGCCAGCGUUUCGCGCGCAGCUCGCCGACGCCGCGGCGCUCCCGUUUGGCAACCUUCUCGUGCAGCUCGACGAGCUCCGCGGCGGUCUGGCUCGCCACAGCUCGCGCUCGCUGCUGGGCGGUGGCGGCUUCCACCUGAUGCGCUACCCGCCCGGCGCAAAGUUCAUGCGCCACCGCGACGAGGAGCCGGCGAUGUCGGAGCCUCGGCGCAACUCGAUCAGCUUUCUGCUCUACCUGACGCCGGACGACUGGAGCGCCGCCGACGGCGGCUCGCUCGUCGUCUACGACGCGAGCGCCGCGCCGCGCGAGCUGCCUCCCACCGCCGGCUCUCUGGUCAUCUACGACUCGACGAUUGAGCACGAGGUGCAGGCGACGCGCCGCGAGCGGCACCUCAUCUCCGGCCGCUUCCGGGAGAGCGACGCGGACUGGUCGAGGCGGCGGCAGGAGGAGGCAGAGGCGCGGCGGGGAUCGAUACGGUAGAGGGAGUGAAAUCGGGCUUCCUUCGCGCUUCGGGGGGUGGAUCACAAAUAAAUAUCGUUUUGUCAAUGCAC